AUGAGGGCGGGGGCCCCCCCCGAUGGUUCUUUGUUAGGGGUCGAGAUAAAGGAAGAGAAAGAAGAGCUGCAGCUAGCAGCAGAAGAGACACGGCAGCUGUUGCUGCUGCAGCAGCAGCAGCAAGAGAUGAUAGAGGAGGAGGAUACAGAUACAGAAGAUACUGCAGCAGGAACUGCUGAUGCUUCAGACUCCGAAAGCGAAGAAAUACAGCUGCUGCUGCUGCAGCAGCAGCAGCAAGAGAUGAUAGAGGAUGAGGAUACAGAUACAGAAGAUACUGCAGCAGGAACUGCUGAUGCUUCAGACUCCGAAAGCGAAGAAAUAUUAAAACAAAAAGCUGCAUAUACACUCCGCAAAGUUAUGCAAAUCAGAGCCAAUGUACACGAACUCAGAACACAGCUCAAACCCACCUUCGAUGAUGCACCCAAUGAGGUAACCUGCAUAGACACCGCAGAGCUGCAGAGACACCGCAGAGCUGCAGAGACACCGCAGAGCUGCAUAGACACCGCAGAGCUGCAGAGACACCGCAGAGCUCCGCAUACACCGCAGAGCUGCAGAGACACCGCAGAGCUGCAUAUAGACCGCGGAGAUCCUUAG